AUGUCGAAUGCUGAAUACCAGAAGUUGUUGGUUAAGAAGUACGUCGAGUCUGUUGGUAUUGAAGAGACCGGAGCAAAGAAAGGAUUCCCAACUUCUCUUGAUUUGAGAACCUCAGGAAAAGUCACCCCAGUCAGAGAUCAGGCUCAAUGCGGUUCAUGCUAUUCAUUCGGUUCACUCGCUUCUCUUGAAGGAAGACUUUUGAUGAUUAAGGGAAGUGCUAGCACUCUUGAUCUUGCUGAAGAACAAAUCGUCAGAUGCUCUGAUAACAAUGGAUGCAAUGGAGGAACUGGAUCGGUUGUCUACGAUUACAUCAAGGCCAACGGAAUUGUCCAAGAAAAGGAUUACCCAUACACUGCCACUGACGGAAGCUGCACUGUUGACACAUCAAAGAAGUACGCCACCAUUACUGGAUACAAGAAGGUGACCAAGAAGGAUAACAACGCUUUGAAAACCGCAUUGGUUGACGGUGUUGUCGAUGUCUCUAUUGAUGCUUCAUCUGUUGCUUUGCAAUUGUACAAGACCGGUGUUUAUCACGACACUAAGUGCAAGACUGGUCUUUUGGAUUUGAACCACGAAGUCGCCUCUGUCGGAUAUGGAGCCCUCAAUGGUGAAGAAUAUUGGAUCGUUAAAAACUCAUGGGGAACCUCAUGGGGAGACAAAGGGUACGUUUUGAUGGCAAUGGCUGGUAACACUUGUGGUAUUACAACUGACCCAAUUUAUCCAACUGGCGUUAAAUACCUUUAA